AUGUCCGACGAGCAACCCGGCUCUCGCAUAGCUAGGAUCCCAUCGUCUGACGCACAUGCAUACGUUAAGGCAGUACUCGAAGCGAACAGAGUCUCUCCCGAGCAUGCCUCGACAGUCGCGGAUUGUCUUGUUGCAGCAGACUUGAGAGGAGUUGAUACACAUGGUGUCAACAGAAUCCCUUCCUAUGUGGCACGAAUCAGGCAAGGCGUAUUGGACCCAGCAGCAGAACCAGAAUUGAAGGAAAUCACGCCUGUUGUCGCUCAAGUCGAUGGCAAGAAUGGGUUCGGGUUUGUGGCUGCUAAACUCGGCAUGGCGAAGGCAAUCGACAUGGCCAACAUAUUCGGUAUCGGCAUGGUGUCGGUCAAACACUCCAACCACUUUGGUAUGUCGGCAUGGGUGGUUCAACAAGCUCUGGACGCUGGUCUCAUGUCUCUUGUAUUCACCAACUCUUCUCCGGCAUUGCCAGUCUGGGGAGGAAAAUCCAAGCUGAUGGGAGUGUCACCUAUCGCGUGUGGAGCUCCGGGAAACGAGCACCCGUUCAUCCUAGACAUGGCGCCAUCUGUUGCAGCGCGCGGCAAAAUCUAUAAAGCGAAGCGCCGUGGCGAGAAGAUACCCAAAGACUGGGCAUUAGACGCCGAAGGCCGACAGACAGACGACCCAUCAAAAGCACUCGAAGGUGUCAUGUUGCCAAUGGGAGGGCCCAAGGGGUCGGCGUUGUCUAUCAUGAUGGACGUAUUUUCUGGAGUCUUAUCCGGCUCUGCUUUUGCAGGCCAUGUCACAAAUCCAUACGACCCUUCACGGCCGGCAGACGUCGGUCAUUUUCUGGUUGCGAUCAAACCAGAUCUGUUCAUGAGCAUGGAGGAAUUCAAAGAAAGGAUGGAGUAUCUUUAUCAACGUGUCGUCGGGUCGGAUAAGAUGGCUGGUGUCGGCCGCAUCUACAUGCCGGGCGAACUGGAGCAACUGACACAAGAAGAGAGGGCGCGAUCGGGAAUCCCCUAUGUUGAAGCGGAGAUCGAAGCGUUGAAUGAAGAAGCCAAGAAAGUUGGCUCAUUCGAGAUCAAGGUGUCGGGCUGGGAAGAGCAGGAGAAACUCAAGGACUGA